AUGUUUGCGAAAACAGGGCUUCUUCUACUGACGGCAGCGGCGGGAGUGGUGAGAGGCGACUUCAUGGUCUACACCGAACCGCCGAUUCCCACGUCCGCCAUCCCAACUUUCGCCAACCCAUCUGAUGCCCAAGAAUGGACGACCUCAGUCUUCCUCAAUGCGCAGAUAGCCUACGGUCGCUUCACGGAAUCCCUCGGCGAGCCCUACCAGUCCUCUCUCACAUCCGCGCGCUCCGAAAUCGACGCCUUUGUCAGCACCGCCUCGAAUUACAGCAUUCCAGCUGAAGUCACCAUGGCCGACGAGACCCCCACAUACUUCUCCAAGCCAGAUUGGUAUACAGCCCUGCCGAGUGCGGCGAGGUCGUUCAAGGAACAACAGGUCAGCGAUCAGUUCAGCAUCGUGAGGAACGUCAUUGCGGCGAGGGCUACCUCUACAACCGGUUCCGAGGGAGCCGCGAUGCCGACUGCACUUGCUGGACAGUGGCUGGGGGCUGAGUUCGGCGUCAUGGCUGCGGCGGCUGCGGCCGCCUUCUUCAACGCCUUGGUCUUCCUCGGCGGAUUGGGUAGCGGGCCGCACACAACCCACUACCUGAGACCUUUGAACGACGCCUUAGAAAGCGCGAGUUUGAAAGACGGAACUGAUGUACAGUACAGUAUCUGGGAGCUGAGAAUGCGGAGUAGUUAUACAGGUUUCGGACAUGGAAGCUUAGAGGAGGAUGCUGAAGACCUGAGGGAGCUGGUGGAGUAUCUGAAGGAGAUUGAAAAAGAAAAAGUAGUGUUGAUAGGGAGCUCAACUGGUGAGUCUGUCCCACUGAAACGAUAUGCUCUUUUUCGGUUUCUGCUAGUUGCUGACGAGCAAGAAGGAUGUCAGGCCAUCAUGGCAUACGCAACUACCCUCCCAGCGCCUCCCCCGGUUGACGGCUACAUCAUGCAAGCCCCAACUUCAGAUCGUGAAACAGCCGGACUGCUCAUGCCACAGGACCUCCUCUCAGCUAGCCUCAAGCACGCCGAAGCCCUCAUUGCGAAAGGAGAGAAAAAGACUAUCAUGCCUAGCUCUUUCAUCCCACCAAUCAUUACGUCUCCGGUAACGGCAUACCGCUGGCACUCUUUAAUCUCCUUUGAAGGUGACGACGACUUCUUCUCUUCUGAUCUACCAGUCUCGACCCUUCAGUCCACAUUCGGUAAACUGGACAAGCCGACUUUGAUUCUGAUGUCGGAGAAGGACGAGAUGGUUCCUUCGACUGUGGACAAAGAUGCUUUGCUGAAGAAAUGGAUUGGUACGAUUCCAGAUGGUUUGGCGAGUAAGCAGUGUCACAUUAUUCCGUUCGAUGCUGACCAUGAGCUCUCUGGUGAUGAAGCAAUGCGGUACUUCAUCGCCACGGUUGUCAGAUUUCUCGAGGGAAUUGAUGCGGCAUCAGUUGGAAAAUCAUGA